GAGCCCACGCCAAUCUUCCGGACUCCUUUCUUCUCCCUCCCCCCUCCGCCCCGCCUUCUAGAGAUCACGUGAGCGCAGGCGCAGAUCAAAGCGUCCUUGUCUCCUAGCAACGAGGUCCGGGUGCCGAGAACAGAUUUUUCUUUGUGCCUGCAGGGUGCUGCAGCCCCAACCCGCAUUGCAGCGCCUCCCCCUGGCGGGCUCCCAGAUCGCUGCUCCCUGAGCUCUUCUUUAGAUCUUUAACCCUCCAUGCCCAUUGCUUCUCAACUAUUGACACCCUUUCCUUCUCCUCAUUGCACCGAGGGUCACCCAACUCCUCUCUUGAUACCUUUCUCCCAGACUUCAGAAGUUCCCCUUCCCUCUCCUUACCUCACUCCUGAUUCCAGUAUCCCCAAGUGUUUCAAAGCUGUCCACUCUGUCUUCUGUCCUCCUACCACUGAACUUUAGUAUUACCCACCCAAAGGAAGCCAUGCAUGGAGUUGUUCCUGCUCAGAGCCCUGUGGGAAGAGGAGGUAUCUGCAUUUCUGAUGCCCUCAUUGCCAAGAGAAACUUGGCCUUCACAAAUGAGACGGAUCCUCCAGAGGUGAUGGCUCAGGCUCUUGCUGCACUGCAGACUGUCCGCCUAGACGGAGAAGGUAUAGGCUAUAUUGGAAAUCUGGAGGGUCUCCAAGCCCUUCAUAGUCUCUACCUUCAAGAGAAUGAGAUUGAGCGAAUUGAGAAUUUGGACUGCCUCCCAUCCUUGCGCUACCUAACCCUAGCAGGAAAUAAGAUCCAACAGGUAGAAAACCUUCAUGGUCUUCCACAACUGCAGCUCCUGGACUUGUCCCACAACCAAAUUGCAACAUUGCAACUAGCUGAACUUCCUCAGAAUCUCCUAGUCCUUAGUCUUUCUGGGAAUGGUUGUACCAAGCAGAACGGCUACAGGAAAAUGGUGAUAGAGUCCUUACCUCAGCUUCUGGAUCUCGAUGGUGAGACAGUGCCAGGAUGGGAGGACCCAAAGGAGGAGGACAAAGUGACUGACAUCCAGGAUGAGUUCCCUGAGUUGAGUGGCCCCUUCUGUACGGAACGAGGCUUUCUAGAGGAAUUGGAACAGGAGCUGGCCAGUCAUAGGGAUAGGAGACUAAGGGAGGCCCUGAUGGAACAUCAGAUCAGGAUGGCAUGUAAACCUGUACUCACUGACCUCUCAUCACUACCAGGGGCCCCUCUGUCCAAGAACCACAGCCCACCCCCAAUGCCUGGGAAAGACACAGUUGGGGCCAGCCCCACUGCCAGUUCCCCUGGGCAACCUUCUGCCAUGAGGAAACCCUGUGGCCUAAACAGCCAGGGGCAGAGCAACAGAGUUCAGGUGGAAAGAAAGGGAAAGCAGACCACUGGCCCCCAAGCCAAGACUCAACAUGCUACCCGAACAACAACGAUAAGAGCCAAGAAAUGAAUGACCCCAGCCUCUUUAGAACCCACCUUUUCUCGGCCAGCAAAGCUAUAGGAGAGAUAAAAGGGUGGGAAAGAAGAGUAGCCAGGUCUUUAAAUUCCCAUUUCCUGAUAAAAGCUCAUUCCUAAUAAACAGCUUCUGGCA